AUGAACUUCGAGAGGGCGUGGCAAUACCAGUUUUCAAAGGGGGAAUCACGGAUUGUUGUGUGUGCUAGAGAUGUUAGUAAAAGUUUGCUGGAGAUUGUUUUUGUGUGGAAUGAAGAUUUGAGAGAGGUGAUUUUGGAGGAUGAAGGAGAAGGAAAGGAGAGUGUUAUGGAGGCAUUACAGUGGGGGACCAUGCCAUGCCCAAGCGGCAUCAUCAUUGCUGCGGAUUUAGCCAUCGAUUCUGUAUGCGUUGACCGAAUAUACAACCAAUUGUACCGUAAUGAGUGA